AUGAUGGACGGCAUUGAAGAAAACGGAUCGCCAAAGCAAGCCACCAGUCCUAAUGCAACUGCACCAGAAAUGGUUGGUUCGCGUCAAGCAUCCGUUGAGGGUGGAUCGACGGCAGGAUCUACGACAACGCUUCCAGAUAACUCGCUUCUGGUUGAUAUUUCCGAUGCUUUGAGCGAAAAAGAACGUGUUAAAUUUACCGUCCAUACACGCACUAAUCUGCAAGGGUUCGAUAAAUCCGAUUUCCUGGUCGUUCGCCAACACGAAGAGUUUGUCUGGCUGCACGAUCGCUUUGAAGAAAACGAGGAAUAUGCUGGGUACAUUAUUCCACCAUGUCCUCCGCGACCAGAUUUCGAUGCAUCGCGCGAAAAACUGCAAAGACUGGGUGAGGGCGAGGGAAACAUGACAAAGGAAGAAUUCAAAAAAAUGAAACAGGAACUGGAGGCGGAAUAUUUGGCCACAUUCAAGAAAACUGUCGCCAUGCAUGAAGUAUUUCUGACACGCCUUGCUUCACAUCCAGUGUUUCGAGAAGAUUCGCACCUGAAGGUGUUCCUCGUGUACGAUCAGGAUUUGUGUGCGAAAAUAAAGAAAAAAAUCGACAUCUUCGGAGGACUGGUAAAGAGCAUCGGUAAAACGACGGACGAGAUCUACCUUGGAGCUACAGUAAAAGAUGUAAACGAUUUUUUCGAGCACGAAGUGCAUUUUUUGACCGAAUAUCACUCACACCUGAAGGAAGCCGCUAUACGUACUGAGAAAAUGACCAACAAACAUAAGGACGUGGCUGACUCGCACGUACGCAUCUCGAUGCAAUUGCUCGGACUGUCCACGGCGGAGCAUGGUUCAAUGGAAAAAUUUUUGGCUAAAACAUCGGACAUUUUCGAAAAAAUUAGGAAUUUGGAAGGGCGCGUGGCUAGUGACCAAGAUCUGAAACUGGGCGACACUUUGAGGUACUACCAACGGGAUAGCUAUGCCGCCAAAGCACUUCUCAUUCGUCGUUUACGCUGUUUGGCCGCGUAUGAGACAGCAAACCGUAACUUGGAAAAGGCACGGGCAAAGAACAAGGACGUGCAUGCCCCGUUGGAAGUGCAGGAGGCUGAAAAUGCCCAAACGCAAGCAUGUGAAAAGUUUGAAUCCAUGUCAGCCCGGGGCAAGGAAGAACUCGUCAGCUUUAGAUUGCGUCGUGUAGCUGCCUUCAAGAAAAGCUUAACGGAAUUGGCAGAGUUGGAGAUAAAACACGCUAAAGGACAGUACGAAUUUCUGCGCCAAUCGUUACUCUCGUUACAAGAACUGGCUUAGACACGAUGUAUAAACCAAGCAACAUUUCAGCAAAAAUCAUUUAAGGAUUAUUGCAGAGUAAUCCGACGAACGUAGCCGUCUAUGUGGAACAAUACACUUUUUUACCUUUGCGGAAGAGUCCAUAGUCAACGGCGGACCGAAAUCUGCAUAUACCGUAAACAAUGUUUGCAUUUGUGAACGACUGAAAGCUGUAAUAGGAGCCACCAUGAGAAUGUUUCGUAGUUAAAACAACAAGCAAAACAUUGUAAUUGAUGAUGAACUAACUAAAUCGUUCAUAUCAGGGCAUCUUCAUUUAGCUCACCAAUUUUUUGUUAUUUGCAACAACGAGGGUACUAUUUGAACAGCGGGUUCUACAAAAAUACGUUUGAAGCCAUUAUCUUAGUUCACAUUUUUACAUUCUACUGUUGGCUGUUUAGAUAAGGAAAACGUGAAAAUGUUGACGUGAGAGAUAGAUGCUUUCUUUUGCUCGAUGCAAUUGUGUUAGCAUCAGUUAAAUUAAAUCAAUUUUGACCAUAUAUUCCUUUGUUAGAAGUUGUAGAAUUUAUUCACUCGAAUUAUAUCUAAAUAAUCGGAAUUAUGUAUUGCAAUUCAUUUAUCUUCCAUUGAACAUUUGCUAGCGGAAGCAAAGAAAAAAAGUAAAAGAAACGUAAGUGAGAAUAUACGCGUUUAUUAUUACAAUUGUGCGUUUCUGAGCGUACAGUAAGAGGAAUCAGGUAUUUUUAGUGCAUUUUUAUUGUAUCACAAAAAAAGAAUUAAAAAUGGAUUUGAAGUGAAAACCAAAACCCGAACAGCUUGUACAAACGCAGCGUGAAGGUAGGAGAACUUAUUGGGACUUUAUUUUUUCUACUGUACUCUUUAUACACCUGCUGUUAGUCUUUUUUUUCUGACUCUAAUCGAGGAAAAGACGAUUCAGAUAAACGCAAACAGCAUGAGCUCGUACUGAAGCCUGAAUGAUCUAUAGAAAAGCAUACACAAGUCGGUAAUUAGUUACUUGUCUGAAAUAUUGAUGAUAUUAAUAAAACAACAU